AUGUUCAAGCGACAUCGUUUAGAUUUGGGUGAUGAUUCGCCGAGUAAAAAGAGACCCUCUGAUGAGCGUGACCGUGACAGGGACAGAGACCGUGAAGAACGGUCGAGGGACAGGGACCGUGAUCGGGAUCGAGACCGUGACGGGGACAGAGAUGUGAAGUCAUCCGUGGUGCCCAACAGCCUAGCUGCAGGCAGUGGAGGCUUCCUUAAGCAAACCCCCAUUCAGCAGCCGAUCAACCCCUUCACCAACCUGCCCCACACGCCACGCUACCAUGAGAUCAUGAAGAAGCGGCUGCAGCUGCCUGUCUGGGAGUACAGAGAGCGCUUCACUGACAUCCUGAUGUGUAACCAGUCUUUUGUGCUGGUGGGAGAGACAGGCUCUGGAAAAACCACCCAGAUCCCUCAGUGGUGUGUGGACAUGGUGCGGUCAAUGCCGGGACCAAAGAGAGCAGUGGCCUGCACCCAGCCCAGGAGGGUAGCGGCCAUGAGCGUCGCCCAGAGGGUUGCUGACGAGAUGGAUGUCAUGCUGGGCCAAGAGGUGGGCUACUCCAUCAGGUUUGAGGACUGCAGCUCUCCCAAGACCCUACUCAAGUACAUGACAGAUGGAAUGUUGCUGCGGGAGGCUAUGAAUGAUCCUCUGCUGGAGCGCUAUGGUGUCAUCAUCUUGGACGAGGCACACGAACGCACUUUAGCUACAGAUAUCCUCAUGGGGGUCCUCAAGGAGGUGGUCCGCCAGAGGGCUGACCUCAAGGUCAUCGUCAUGAGUGCCACGCUCGAUGCCGGAAAGUUCCAGGUGUACUUUGACAACUGCCCACUGCUAACCAUCCCCGGACGCACCCACCCUGUGGAGAUUUUCUACACGCCGGAACCUGAGCGGGACUACCUGGAGGCGGCCAUCCGCACUGUGAUCCAGAUCCACAUGUGUGAGGUGGAUGAAGGGGACCUUCUGCUCUUCCUCACUGGACAAGAGGAAAUUGAUGAAGCCUGCAAGCGAAUCAAGAGGGAGGUCGACGACCUGGGGCCGGAAGUCGGUGAUAUCAAGAUCAUCCCGCUUUACUCCACGCUGCCUCCACAGCAGCAGCAGAGGAUCUUUGAGCCACCCCCACCCAAUAAACCAAGUGGCGCCAUCGGAAGGAAGGUUGUCGUGUCAACAAACAUCGCCGAGACAUCCCUGACCAUCGAUGGCGUGGUGUUUGUAAUUGAUCCCGGAUUUGCCAAGCAAAAGGUAUAUAACCCACGUAUCAGAGUGGAAUCCCUUUUGGUUACAGCCAUCAGCAAGGCCUCGGCCCAGCAGAGGGCAGGUCGUGCUGGGCGGACAUGCCCAGGGAAGUGUUUCCGCCUUUACACAGAGAAAGCUUACAAGACAGAAAUGCAGGACAACACGUAUCCAGAGAUUCUGAGGUCUAAUCUGGGCUCUGUGGUGCUGCAGCUGAAGAAACUGGGUAUUGAUGACCUGGUGCACUUUGACUUCAUGGACCCACCAGCCCCAGAGACCCUGAUGCGAGCCCUGGAGUUGUUGAACUACCUGGCAGCGCUCAAUGACGGCGGUGACCUGACGGAGCUGGGCUCCAUGAUGGCAGAGUUCCCCCUGGACCCCCAGCUGGCCAAGAUGGUCAUCGCCAGCUGUGAAUUCAACUGUUCAAACGAGAUCCUGUCCAUCACUGCCAUGUUGUCAGUCCCACAGUGCUUCGUCCGACCCACGGAGGCUAAGAAGGUGGCCGACGAGUCCAAGAUGCGCUUUGCCCACAUCGACGGAGACCACAUGACGCUGCUCAACGUCUACCACGCCUUUAAACAAAACCACGACUCUACUCAGUGGUGCUAUGAAAAUUUCGUCAACUACCGCUCGCUGAUGUCAGCAGACAACGUACGGCAACAGUUGUCCAGGAUCAUGGACCGCUUCAACCUGCCGCGGAAGAGCACUGAGUUCAGCAAUAGAGACUACUACACCAACAUCCGCCGUGCGCUGGUCACUGGCUUCUUCAUGCAGAUCGCUCACCUGGAGCGCACAGGCCAUUACCUGACGGUGAAGGACAACCAAGUCGUACAGCUGCACCCAUCCACUGUGCUGGACCACAAGCCGGAGUGGGUGCUUUACAAUGAGUUUGUGCUGACUACCAAGAAUUACAUCCGCACAUGCACUGACAUCAAACCAGAGUGGCUGGUGAAAGUUGCCCCGCAGUACUAUGAGAUGGGUAACUUCCCCCAGUGUGAAGCGAAGAGACAGUUGGAGCGUAUCAUUGCAAAAAUCUCAUCUAAGGAAUACACUCAGUACUAACAAGGUUUGCAUGUGCUGCAACGGCAUCCUCAGCAUCUGUACAAAGUAAAGCCUAAACUUAUUUGAGCAGUCUUAUUUUAUUUUACUUCCACCAACAACCUAAUUUUGAAUUCUAUUUUUGUCUCACUGUGUGUAAUGUAUAUUUCAUGAUGAUUGAUGAAUUGUGUCCUUUAAGGGCCACCUUGUGUCAUUUUUUUUUUUGAAGCCCAAAGGGUUAAGCAGUGCACUACCAGAAAUGAACUGUAAAUGAGCAGUUAUCUGGAAUUUAGUCAUGAACCAUUUUGAUUUAAAGCAUGAUAUUUCAUGUAAAUUUAAGCAUUCCUCUCUAAGACAUAAGUCACAGCUCGGGAUUCUUGGCUGUUGUCUUGCUUCUCCUGCUAAAAACGGCAUAAGUCCAUGGAAGCUUUUGAUCAAAUAUCAUUUAAAAGAAACUGUAUUUUGAGGCAGGCAUAAUGUAAUGUUCUCUAGUCAUGGAGAUACUGAGAGGGGCACUUUGGUCACAUUUCCUGUCGCUAUUCAACUUAAUAAAAAAGACUUUGUAAUAAAACAUUUUUCCAGUGUCAGCAUUAAAAUAACAGGAUAAUCUAUGCAUAAACUUCAACCACACACACACACACACACACACACACACACACACACUGAGCAAUCAUGUUUUGACCUGCCAAAUCCUGCUCGUUUCCUGGCUCUUUAGGGAAGUUAAAUCUUCUUACUGGGAUAUUGAUAGCUUCAGGAACAGUUGGAGUGAGGGGGAAUGUUAAUUACAAAUGUUUCAGAAGAAGAUCAGUGUGAAAUCCCUGCUGUGCUGGAGCCUGUUCUGGCUGUACUGCUUUGUGUCAGUGCCUCUCUAAUGUGUAAGGUAAAGCUUGCAGUUGGGAGAAGCAUACAUUCUAGCACCGCAGUGGUGUAGAAAAUAACUAGAAUAAUGGUCAGUGACAUAACUUGAAUGUGUAUUUAAUUCUAUAGUCAAACCACGGCUGUCGGGUUAAAUUUGAACUUGUAAGAAUUCCUUAGCAACAAUUCCUUAGGAAAGUUGGAUGAGUUCUGACAAACUUUCUUGGAAGGCUUUCCUCUCUCAUUCUGUGGGUCAACAACUUAAACGAAGCAAGCUGCCUGUGAGUGGCGGAGCGUGAAUUCCAUGAACAGUGUGAUUAACCGGACUCGUGAGAGGCCUGUGCAUCCUGCUCCUACCAUCUCUAAGGACUGGUUACUGCUGCUUUGCAGCUGCCAGUUAAUAGUGUGUGUUAAGUCUUUGUGUUUUCUUAAACGUAUAACCACUCGGCUUUCAGAGAUUAAACUUGCAACUUCUUAAAGGUGCACUCCACCCAUUUCACAGAUAAUUGUCAAUUUAUUAUUCAUGAGCAGUACUCCACAGUCUGUGGAAACAUUGUAUAAUGUCUUCUGUGGCUCUGGGUGAGCUUUGUCAAGUCUGAGAAAAUAACUGGCAGGCAUUUUAGCUCAGACUUGGAGAUGUACAAUUUUUAACAGAAAGUCUAAAUCACAAAUUGGGGACUUAGUGUUUAAAAAAGGUGGGCGUUUAUGAAGCAGGGAGGAUCUAACUAAAAGUGGUUAUGGCCACUGCUGCAUCGCUUUUUGACCAACCAUUUUUUUUAACCUCUUAAUCUUAAAAGGCCUUUCAACUUUAAAGAAGUACAUUUUAAAAGCCGUUGUGCCUCAAAAUGUUGCACUUGCUAGGAUUUCGUGCUUUUUGAGAUGGGACUUAAUUGUUACUAGGGCUGCAGCUAACAAUUAUUUUUACAAUUGAUUAAUAUGCCAAUUAUUUUGCGAAUAAACAAUUAAAAGGGACCUCCACCAAUUUUACAUAUUAAAGUCUAUUUACAUGUGAAAAACCAGAGCUGCACAAAGUCCGAUAUAUUGCCUCCAUUGAUGUCGAUUGAGUCUGUGUCUCCAGCUGGAUAGACUAUUCUUUCUAUGUGGAAAGUUGGAAGCACGAACAAGCAAUAUUAUUCUUUUAUCAACUAAGUUUGAGCUCUACCUUGUCUGGGCACAAUGGCAAAUCAAAGACCCCAUUUUGUUUUCAUAGGUUUCUUACAUCACCUUUUAAAAAGCAAUUUCUUUAACUGCUUCUAAUCCAGAUUUCUUUUUGUUCAGGUAGCCUUUAUGAUAGCAUAACCUUGCCUUCCUCUGUUCUGUAUCUCAACUUUACAUCAAUUAUAAGGGAAUAUACAUAACAUUGACCUGAGGAUAGAGGCAGAAAUGGACCACUAAGCAUUUUUUACAAUCUCUGUAGCGUCUGGAAGUAUGCAGGCAGAGAUAUGAGACCUGCUAAGGGAGUAUUUAAAUUAAGCCUGCAUAUUGUGUUAUAUGCUAAGUCAGGAAAUUAGCAUGUGUGCUUUAAUAUUUUUGGACUGUUGGGAGACAAGUUUUUAAGUGGAUGGCCUUUUGCUUGGGAACGUACACAGAACCACAAAAUGGUGCCGGAGAGAUUAGUCUCUCCAAAGUGAAGCCAAUAGAAAACCCAUUAGUUUGAGCUGAUCUGGAAAUUACUGUAUAUUGAAUUGAUCCUGAGGUAAGAACAGUUUUCAAGCUCAAUACUUCCCAUUGAUUCACACUGCCAUAAUUACAAAUGGAAAUUAUAAUGUCUCCAAGUUGUUUUUUGUGAGUGUCUGAUAUGAGAGUACACAACGAUUGAAUGCAGUCCUACUUCUUGUGCUUAAUCAGACAGUAUAUCUGUAAUGGUUGUAUGGUCUUAUUAAAAAUUGAAUUCUGACAGAGUU